AUGCCUAGGCGAAAGAAUGUUGACGGCGAUGCAGCUACUAAUGUUAAACAACCCCGUGUGCGCAAGAAAAAAGAAACUCCAUCAAUUUGUAGUACACCAUCAGUAGAUGGAGGGGGAAUGAAGCUUGAACCUCCUCUUCAUCAAGCAAUGAUUGGAGGCGGAUUUCCUCCAGGUUGUGGUCCAGGAGGCGGAGGAGGUCCUAUGGAUGGACAUCAUGGAAUUCCGCCUCAUAUGUUGCAUCAUCUUCAACAUCAAGGACUUCCAAAUGGUGUUGCUGGUGGUCCUCAACAGCUUGAUGAAGGGCCAAAUGGAAUGGGAGGGCCUGGUUUCUGCAAUCCACAAGUAUUUUUUAAGUUAUUUUAA